UGUGAUUUAUAAGUUUCAACUUUCUUUCUUCUUCUUCUUCCAACAAAACCAAUCCCUAAUAAUUUUCAUGGAAUCUCCAUCAUUAUCAACUUGUGGCUGCCACCUCGUGGCCAUGCCCUACCCUGCUCGCGGCCACAUCAACCCCAUGAUGAACUUCUGCAAGCUGCUUGUCUCCAACAACACCGGAAUCCUCCUCGUAACUUUCGUGGUCACCGAGGAAUGGCUCGGCUUCAUCGGCUCCGACCCAAAACCCGACAGCAUCAGAUACGCCACAAUCCCCAACGUUAUUCCCUCCGAACUCACUCGCGCAAACGACCACCCCGGCUUUAUGGAAGCUGUCAUGACCAAAAUGGAAGUGCCUUUUGAGGAGCUACUCAACCGCCUUCAGCCGCCGCCUACCGCCAUCGUGCCUGAUACUUUUCUGUACUGGGCGGUCGCUGUUGGAAACCGGAGGAAUAUUCCGGUUGCGUCGUUUUGGACCAUGUCGGCGUCUAUUUUCUCUGUGCUCCACCACCAUCACCUUUUGGUACAAAAUGGACAUUACCCUGUCAAUUUGUCAGAAAACGGUGGGGAACGUGUGGAUUAUAUUCCUGGAAUUUCCUCAAUGCGGCUCGUGGAUUUUCCUCUAAACGAUGGUAGUUGCCGCAGUAAGCAAUUGCUGCAAAUAAGCCUGAAAGGUUUCGAGUGGGUUUCCAAAGCACAGCAUCUUUUAAUCACUUCCAUUUAUGAGCUCGAACCUCAAGCCAUUGAUGUCUUAAAAGCAGAGUUGUCAUUGCCCAUAUACACUAUUGGCCCUGCCAUACCUUAUUUUAGCCUCGAAAAAAAUCCAACUUUGAGCACCACAAAUGGCACUAGUCAUAGCUACAUGGAGUGGUUAGAUGCACAACCCGAUCGUUCUGUUCUUUACAUCUCACAAGGAAGCUAUUUCUCGGUUUCAAGAGCUCAAGUUGAUGAGAUUGCAUUUGCUUUGAGGGAAAGUGACAUUCGGUUCUUGUGGGUGGCCCGUAGUGAGGCUUCAAGGUUGAAAGAGAUUUGUGGUAGCAAAGGGUUAGUUGUGACAUGGUGUGACCAAUUGAGAGUGUUGUCUCAUUCUUCUAUUGGUGGUUUUUGGUCUCAUUGUGGGUGGAAUUCAACCAAAGAAGGUGUGCUUGCUGGGGUUCCGUUUUUGACCUUCCCAAUAAUUAUGGACCAACCAAUUGAUAGUAAGAUGAUAGUAGAGGAUUGGAAGGUUGGGUGGAGGGUGAAUGAAGAUGUUAACGUGAAUAAUACUUUGGUGAAGAAAGAUGAAAUUGUAAUGCUGGUACAGAAAUUUUUGGAUUUGAACAGUGAGCAUGCAAGGGAAAUCAGGGAAAGAUCCAAAACUCUUCGGCAGAUAUGUCGUCGUGCAAUUACAAAUGGCGGGUCAGCUGUAACUGAUUUGAAUGCCUUUGUUGGGGAUUUAAUGCAGACAAACAUUGAUUCCAUGAACACCUUGUAGAUUAUGCACUCAUUUUCAAUUUCAAUUAUAUUAGUAUUACAUUUUGGUGGUUAUUGACUUUCACGUCAUUGGUUUGUUCAUGUUGUUUCCAAAUAAAUGCACUACAAAGAACCAAUGCCCCAUUUUUCAUUUUAUUGAAAUAAAUCAGUUUGAUGCA